CUAAGCGAUGGAAGAAGAAGCGGAGGAGGACGAGAACCUGCCGCCGGGGGAAGAGCAGGGGAUGCGGGACAGCCUGCUCGGUGGGACCCCGGAAGGGGUGGCAGCGCCCACGGAGGCGCACGGAGCGGAAAGCCCAGAGGAGGAGGUCAGGGCUCGGCCGCCCGAGGGAGGCUUUGGCUGGGUGGUGGUGCUGGCGGCCACCUGGUGCAGCGGCUCCAUCUUCGGCAUCCAGAACUCAUUUGGGAUCCUGUACGUGAUCCUCCAGGAGGAGAUGGGGGUCACCAAGGACGAGCCUAUGGACUUCAAGACAGCCUGGGUUGGAUCUCUUGCCAUGGGAAUGAUCUUCUUCUGUUCUCCGGUUGUCAGCAUCUUUACAGACAGGCUUGGCUGCAGGAAAACCUCGUCAGGGGGAGCAGCAGUUGCUUUCAUUGGAUUGCUUUCCAGCUCAUUCACAAACUCUUUAGGUGUACGCUAUUUCACCUAUGGUAUCCUCUUUGGCUGCGGGAGCUCCUUUGCUUUCCAGCCUUCUCUGGUCAUUCUUGGUCACUACUUCAAGAAGCGCCUGGGUCUUGCGAAUGGCAUCGUGGCUGGUGGUGGCUGUGUGUUCACAAUGUGCCUUCCUUUUAUACUGAUGACCUUGGGAAAAGCUAUUGGGCUGGCAUCUACCUUCCAAGUGCUCAGUGCUUUAAUGUUUAUUCAGAUAUUCCUCUCUCUCACCUUCAAGCCUCUCCUACCCCCUCCCAUUGAUUACAACAAAGAGAAGGAAAAUGUUCCCGGGAGAAUCAAGAUGCAUCAAUGCCUGGUGCAAACACGGAAGUAUUUUAACAUGCAAGUAUUUCGCAAGAAGACCUACAGAAUUUGGGUGUGUGGCAUUGCAACCACAGUCCUUGGAUACUUUGUUCCUUACGUUCACCUGAUGAAGUUUGUGAACCAGAGGUUCAAAGAAAAUACACAGGACUGGGUUCUCUUGGUCUGCAUUGGAGCUGCAUCUGGAAUCGGGCGUCUAGCUUCUGGCAAAAUUGGUGACUGCAUCCCAGGUUUGAAGAAGGUCUACUUGCAGGUUGCCUCCUUCCUGCUCUUGGGAAUCCUGAGCAUGAUGCUGCCUUUGUGCAAAGUGUUUACUAGCGUCAUUGUGGUGUGCCUUUUCCUGGGCUUGUCUGACGGCUUUCUUAUAAGCAUGAUGAGCCCCAUUGCAUUUGAGCUGGUCGGACCCAUGCAGGCCUCUCAAGCGAUUGGUUAUGUCCUUGGUCUCAUGGCCAUUCCAAUGACCGCUGGACCUCCUAUUGCAGGACUCCUUCGAGAUUACAAUGGAAGUUAUGAUUUGGCAUUUUACCUGGCUGGUGUACCUCCUCUUGUUGGAGCUAUCAUUCUUUUGUUUGUUCCUUUGAUCCACGAGCGAGAUCUGAGGAAGGCGCAGCAAUUGGAGGCAGACAAGGAAAAAACCCAGGAUAGCGUAGUGAACGGAGAGCUCUUGCCUGGAAACCCUGUAACGGAUGCCAGUGUUUAGCUGGAUUCACAAGGGCAUAACAUACAGCUGGAGUCAGCAACACAUGGUUUGAAGAAGAUAGUGGUUCUAAAAUGAGUUGGGCUUUUUCUUUGUGCUAUACUUUUGCAGAUCACAUCUGUUUGGCAAUUAGACAGAAGGACUCCAGUUCAAACCAUAUAUUUUAACGGAGCCAAAUAGUUGUAAUGAAUGUAAUGUGAAUUCUGUGUGUGUGUGUAAAGACACAGACUUAUGUUCAUUAAUUUUGUAAUUUUUAUCAUCAGAGCAAGAAAGAGUAAAAAAGUAUUUAAAUAUUUUUUAUUUGCACCCAUGGCUAAAAACAGAAAGCCAAUAGACAUAGUUUAGGAGGAACGCAUUUGCAGUUCUAGAGUGGGCUGCAAAAUAUAUAUAUUUCAGUAGCCAUGCACUGCAUCCAUUUCAUGGUAAGUUAACAUGUAGGAGCUUAAAAGGAUCUUGAGAAACUAUGAAGUUAUAUCCCACUGCUAUGUUUGUUAAAUAUCCCCUAAACAUUGGUGGCAGCAGUGAUGUAUUGGCAGCCGUGGAAUGUUGGGCAUUGGGAUGUAACCUGCCUUAAAGGCUGUAAAUACUCAGGCUGUCUUUAUCCGCAAACAAUAUUAUAAAUGGGGUCAUCUAUUGACCACGUAAGUCCUUCAACAACAAAAGGAAAUACCCUUUAACUAUCUACGUGUAUUUGCAUAAGCAAAAUAUAUUUUCUAAUUAGUUAUGUCAAGUAAACAUAAAAGAACUGGAAUAUAAAAGUCUUGGGAAGUAAAUGUAUCACUCUACAUAUACAUGAUGAGAACUGGACCCCAGUGAUUAAGGGAUUGUUCUAAAGCAUACCCUGUUAGUGGGAAUCAGAGUUAAUUAAUAGAGACAGAUGAGUUCUUUGUUUUUGGUGGUAAUGCUUAGGAAAAUUAAGUUGUGUUGCCACCUAAACUAUAACAAUCUUUUAUGACGAGAGCAAUAUCUGUUGUAUUCAAAAAACCAAUGACAAGUCCGCCUAUUUAAACCCACACACAAUUGUAACUCUCUGCAGUAGUAGCGUUGAAGUAACUUAUCCCUAAUAACCCCACUCACCUUUUAAAACACACCCUCCCUACUACAGUAGUUAUAAAGCAACAUAGAGUUUACUGAAAACGAACUACUUAAAAUGAAUACAAAAAAAACACUGCAUACUUGGAGUGAUUGAUAUUUUGGGGUAUAUAUGACACUCAUAUUAUAACUCAGGGUAGGUUUUCUAGUGCAGUUGCAGGUAGGUAUAUCAGUUAGCAAAUGCCUCAACUAAUACAUUUAAAUGGGGAAGCCAUCUGAAAUAGUUUUUCCAUCAAUGAUUAUUACAUUUUAAGUUACAAAGUUUGGAUGAUGUUUAAACCUGGCAAUCGUUCAAAUAGUGAAUAUUCUAACUAACUUGAAGGAUUUUAAUUAACCCGGACUUUGUUUGAGGUAUCACCAUGCACACCAUAGAAGUGUCUGUACAGAGGAAUUCUGGGAGCUCAUCUGCUAAUUCUUAGAAAACACACAUGCUCUCAGUGUUAUUUGUAUACAUCCAUUAAAUAUAAUUUCUGUUAUGUAAUUCCAAGAUGACAGAAAUGUUCAUAUCAAAUGGUGGCAACUACAUUUAUAAUAAUGUGAUGAAAGUAUUACUCUAUUUAGAAGCUCAAUUUAAAUGUGUUUAUCUAAUAUUAAUUUCAGAUAACAAAGCCACUUUAAGGUAGAUUUUGUAACUAAUAUAUUUACAGUAAAAUACUAGAGCUGAAUAUAUAGUAUUUGUUUUUUUGGGGGGUGGGUGAUUUAUUUUAUUCAGAUGCUAGGCCACUUUAUAAAGCUUGUUGAAAAGGGAUAUGUCCUAUUUUCUGCAUGUAUGUUAGUAACUAAUGAAUUUUGUCUACCUCUUGUUUAUAUUAAUCCCUGCAGCAGAUUCUAUCAGAAUGCCCCAUAUGGUCACUUUUACCUGAGACGUGUGUUACCUAAAUAUAGAUAGCUAUAGUGUCUGUCUAACUUGCAUAUGUCUGUGUUGCAGAAGGAUGCAUCCGUUCACUGAAUGAUUGAUUUUUCCCUAUUUGGCUCCUGUUAAAGGGACAGAAAGCUUACUAAAAACAUCUAGUCCAACAAAUUUAUAUAUCCUGUCCACUAAACCCAUGGCUUUUUUUGGGAGCAGGAGUCCUAACAUCUGUCAUACACCUGAUCUGUCUGGUCUGGGAGCACAUCAUAAAUAAGUAUUAAAUGGUUUUCUUCAUGUUGCUAAUGUCCCUUUUAUAUGAAAUAAAUAUUUUUUCAGCAAUUGUUCUAUUGUGACAGCCCUGGUAUUGCAGUCUCCUUUUGCCCCUGAUAUUAAUCGCUACCACUUUAUAAUCCAGUUUAAUGAAAUGAAGAAGUGUAAAGCAGGAUAUUCAGAGAAUUGCAUAUAGUAAAAAAAUUCUCUUAACCCAACCCUUUUUCUAGCUGAUCUGAAUUCUACAAAAUUACUGGUUUACUGAAUAAAUCCCAAUGCGUUCCAGUGCUGUUUGAUGAACAUUGUAUGAUCGGGGAUAAAUUAUAAUUCCUGUCCGGUCAGCAAGACUGUGAAACACAAGAUGUGAUCUAACGGUAAAGAAGUUCACAUUGACGGAAUUUAUCAAUAUCCUGCUACUAAGUGAAAAAGCAUUAAAUGUUUUUGUGAUUAUAGCAACAUAACCGAUUAAUCCAGAUCCUGUCCAUCAAGGAAUUAUGUCUUGCUUCGGAAUGUGUUAACAUUGUUUGAUUGAUCAAUUAAUUAUUCAGCCUGUUUUUAAGACUUUCGCUACGAUAAGGACCAGUUGGCCACUUGCCCUUUAGGUGGUGAAAGUGCUAGUCUUGUUUAUCAUUGUAAAGAGCACCAGCUUAAGGGGUGCACAAAUUAAAAUAAUGUUUCAGCAGUUAGAACUGCUCAUUUUUAUAUGACAGCAAUGACAAUCAAUAGCUGAUAAUGUUGCCUUACAAUAGAGGAGCCACCCAUACACUCUUCUCUGCUGGUAUCAGUCAUAAGGUUAAUGAGAACUCAACACAGCUGAGCUUUAUGGGUAAAAUGAGGACUUAUGCCAGGCUGUGAACACUCAUUAUUCCACUUGUGUAACAAAUGUAUCUAGAGUUUGUAACACCGUAAACCUUUCAAGACUGUGUGUUUUGUUUUGUUUUUCUCAAUCUAUAAGGGCAGCCCGACUUCGACAAACAUUGAAUUUAUCUGUUCUGAGUACCUUUUUGUGUGUAGGUGGAGUUCUUGUUAAACAUCUAUCUAUGGCACACAUCUUCUGAAAUGCCCUAUUAUAUAUCAAAUAUGUAAAACAAUGAAAGGGAAAAGAAGGGAGUUGCUCAUAUUGCGUCGCAAAAUGUUUGGGAUCGAGAACCUUUUUUUAAUGCUCUUGUUAAAGAAGAGAUAAAAUCAUCUGCUGAUCUUAAACCUCAAGUUUUAAUAAAUGUUUUUCUAAAUAACAGAAAAGCUCUAAAAACUAAUCCCAGUAAAUUUAUAUUAACCCCUAAAGGAUCAAAGGCAGGUUAUGCCUUUUCAAAAAUCUGGUCUUAAAGUGCCCAAUUCCGCAAUGGAAUAAGCCUCUCAUUUAAUAAAAGUGGGCCUGUAGAAGAUGCCUGGUGUGUAAUAAGUCCCUGUUGGUAUAAGGUAUUUAGGAAUCCGAUACCACAACUCCAAAGUAUAAUAAUUGCUCCUGCAGGAGUUAAAGUAGAUGAUACAUGCGUGCCUUGCCACAAUAUACGAAUAAUCUAUGCUGCUAGAUGGAAACCAAACACACAUAUUUGGGUAAUAAAGAAGGAAAUUCGCCAUUUUAGCUUUAUCUUGCAAUAUCUGACAAUGCUGCAGAUGAUCAAUACCCCUCUAUGGGGUUGAUUGUGCAACGAGUCCCUAUUUUGUCCCUUACGCCAACAUACCUAGUGACCUUUAGCCGUGAUAAUUGGGGUUGCCUAAAUGUAUUCCCCCCCCUCCCAAAAAAUAAAAAAUAAAAAUACAUCAAUAUGGAAUUUUUUAAAGCAGGAGUGCCCAGAUGGUUUAAAACUACAGCUUCCACGACUUUCUCAUUAUAAAGGAAUUGCAAAGCAUCAUGGGAGAUGUAGUUCCACAACAUCUGGGGAUCUACCUUUUGGGAACCCCUGAUUUAUAAGUUCCAUAUGUCGCUGCACAGGUUUUCAUUGGGAAAUGAAUGUGAAAUCAAAGUUGCACGUAUACAGAACCUGGAUUAUAUAAUUGAAAUAUACAUAUACGAUCUCUGCUUUUUUUUAAUGCACCUUGAUAACCCUAUUUCCCCCACCCCCCAAUGCCUUAAUGCUAAAUCUUACAUUUGCCAGUAAUGUGCUGUGACUGUUUGAGGAUUCUGGUAUGUACUUGCAUUUCAAUUCAUAUAUUCCUUACUGUCACUUAUGUACAGGAUUAGAUAUUACCUUUAUACUUCUGGUUUUUUUUUAAGACCUAUUCAUAUUAGAACAUUCAUAUCUCCAGCACUAUAUACCCAUCCUCUCCAAACUCAUGCAUUAUUUCCUUACAUAGCUAUAAAAGUGGUUCUUUAUGGGCACUACUUCAAUGUGAGCUUUAGAACCACAUGAUCCCAAUGUCUAUCUUAAUUGUAUAUGUUGUUUAAGGCGUUGAUAUGUGUUGUUUAGUUUCUUUCUGUCCUAGACAAAUGGAGCUGCAUAUUAGAUUAAGUGCCUUCCAAACUAAUUUUUGUCAAUAAAUUGUGUUAUAUAUGCUAGCUCCUUAAUAUGUGUGAUUUAUAAAGUGGACGUUGUCCGUCAGAUAUCCAGUUUGUGUCCUUGUAGACUUUGACAUUUCUGGUAUAUUUAGUAUUUCAUACAUAGAUAUACACACAAAAAAAGGUUAUUCGCUAAAUGAGGAUAGUUGAGAAUUCCAAGUGGAUUUCAAAUUUAAGACCAAAAUAGCCGACCUGGAAAAUUGUUCAAAGUCCGCUAUUCUUCCAGUUUGGUUAUUUUGGCCUUAAAUUAUUAAUUUGUGGGGCUAUUUCCAAAGUGAAUUCCAGGUUUAAGGUCAUAAUAGUGAAAACUGGAAGCAAAAAAUAAAAUAAAAAUGCAACUCUGGACUCAGCUAUGCUUCAAGCUUGGUUGCUUCGGCUGUACAUUUUACUUUGUUUGAAUUCCCACUUUAGUAAAGAUCCCUAUUAAACUUCAACUGUCAUAUAUGUUAAAAUAGUAGCACUGCUUUAAUUUUUAUAUUUUUAAUUUCAUUUAUUGUGUGAUGGCGGGAUUCAGCAUUGCUGAAUGCAAUAUAAUUUGUACAACAAUGAAUCUAUGUAACCCAAUUGUUUUCCACGUGUUUUCCACUUGCAAAAAUGAAAUAGUUUUUUGUGACUUGCACUUAAAAUAUUUCUAAGCUUAAUUCACUAAAACCUUACCUAAAACAAACAAACAAAAAGCCAGCAGUGGUUGCAUGUAGUUUUACCUUAUUUGAUAGGAGUAAUCUGCAAUAUGUACACUUAUAAUAGAACCUGGCCCAAUGCAUUACUUAAUGCACAGCACACUAUUAAAAAAAUAGAAAAUAAAGUGCAGUCUACAUUCCAACCACUAGUCUCUGCUUCAAUAUAAUUUAAAACCACGCAGUAGGGAACCAAAAUAUGGCUAUAUGGGGCCAUCAUUUUACUUCUAAAUAGAAAGGUUUUGUGAUGGGAGCAUUGGGCCUUAAUUAAAAAUACUUUAAAUUGUAUACAUUACUUUAAAUGCAAUAUUGCCACACCAAAAAUAAAUAGAUAAUAUUAGGGCAUUUUUUUCUAUUUGUAA